CGAGAAACGCACCUAUGAGUUAGCAUCAAGCUAUGGCCGAUCAAAUAGCUGCUACAAACUCUGAGGAAAACCAGAGCAGCAGUACUCCUCAACUGAGGAUUUUGUUGAUAGGAGGAAGAGAAUUAAAUGGAAUUUCCAGUGGUAAAAGCUCUGCUGGAAAUAUCAUUCUGGGUCAAAAUGUUUUUGACACCAGCAGAAGAACAGCUCAGAGUGAAGCGAAGCAGCAGGACGUGUUCGGCAGACGAGUCACAGUGGUUGAUACUCCAGGCUGGUGGUGGUUUUAUACACGUGAAAACACACCAAAACUGGACCAGAUGGAAAUCCAGAACAGUGUCCAUCUGUGUCCCCCAGGACCUCAUGUCUUCCUUCUGGUCAUUCCUGUUGAUUCACAUUUAUCUCAGCUUGUCAAACCAUCGUUAAAGGAGCACCUUCGUCUUUUCAAUGGAGAUGUUUUCAGUCACACCAUUGUGCUGUUCACUUCAGUCAAUUCACAUGGUGAAAAAAAAUUACAAUCUAAAAUUAAAACAAGUCCUGUCCUGCAAUGGAUUCUUCAACAAUGUGGAAACCGGAAACAUUUUCUCAACAUUAGUAACAGAGAAGACAGAGAUCAAGUUAGAUUGCUAAUUGAGAAAAUUGAAGCAAUUGCUAAACAAAAUGGAGGCAGACACUUUUCAGUUGACAUUUCUCAUGGAAAUGCUUUAAGUGAAGACAUGAAAGUUUUAGCUGAAAGAGCAUCAAAAAGGCUUGAUGAAGUCCAAAAACAAAGACGACACCUCAGAGCCCUGAUUGAAGGUGGAAUGGAUGUACCACAACACUUAAAACUAAUAAUAGUUGGUGCACAGUAUGCAGCUAAAAGCUCAACAGGAAACACAAUUCUUGGAAAGAAUGCAUUUGAAGUUAAUGAAAAUGGAAGAAGAACAACAUGCUGUGAAAUAAACAAUGGUUUGUUUCAAGGCAAACAGCUCACAGUGGUUGAUUCUCCUGGAUGGUUCUACAACCACACCCUUCGUGACACCAGUAAGAUGGAUAAACAUGAAAUAGAGAACAGUGUUCAUCUAUGUCCUCCAGGACCACAUGCUGUACUUCUUGUAAUUGUCCUGGCAACUGCAAUCAACAACAUGUAUAAGAGAGCUGUCAAAAAACACAUGGGUCUGUUUAGAGAAGAAAUCUGGAAACAUGCAAUUGUUGUGUUUACAAGAGGAGACUGGUUAGGAGUGAAGUCUGUAGAGGAGCGUAUAGAGAGUGAAGAAGGUCUGCAGUGGAUAGUGAACAAGUGUGGGAACAGAUAUCAUGUCCUGAAUAACAAUGACCACAGUGAUAAAACUCAGGUAAAGGAACUACUGGAAAAGAUUGAAGAGAUGUGGGCAGGAAAUGAAGAUCCUUACUAUGAAGUGGAUCUGGACCGAGCAGCACAGCUAGAAACCAAGAGAGAGACUGAAGACAAGACGGUCAAAAGGUUGAAGACGAUCAAUGAGAGAAAGAUGAGAGUCCUGAAGGAGGUGUAUGGAGGUGAGAAACAACAAGUCUCUGACAUCAGGAUUAUUCUUGUGGGCCAAAAAUGUUCAGGAAAAAGUCUGGCAGGAAAUAUGAUCCUUUUCAAUGAGAAAUUUCAUAUGGCUUUUGACACAACUUGGUUGAAUAAGAAGGAUGACGGUGAAAGAAACAAUACAGCAAUUGUGAAACAUGAAGGAAACUUUAACGGAGUAAAAGUCUCAGUUGUUGAAACACCAGGCUGGUUCCCAGGCACAACACCACCUGACUGGAUCAAAGAUGAAGUUCUCCACAGUGUCUCCAUGUUUUCUCCUGGACCUCAUGUUUUUCUCCUGCUUGUUCCCAUCUGCAGAUCUUUCACAGAGAAAGAUCUCAAAGCUCUGGAGGAGAUCUUGAAGCCAUUAACAGAGAGAGUGUGGAGACACUGCAUGGUGCUGUUUACCUGGGGAGACUGGCUCAAUGACCUACCUGUGGAGAAUCACAUCAUCAGAGAGGGAAAAGAGAUCCAAGAGCUUCUGGAGAAAUGUGGGAACAGAUACCAUGUUCUAAACCCCAAUCAUUUUGGUGAUCCUGUUCCAAUAAAAGAAUUGCUCCAGAAAAUUAUUGACAUGGCAGCAAGAAACAAGGAAUGCUUCACAGCUCAAGGCAAACAAAAGAAAUUUCAGUUGCUGUCUUGGCAAGCUAAAGAACGCACUCUGACAGAAGAGGAAUGGAAGAAAAGGGAGUACGAGCUGAUAGAGCGAGUGAUGAAAGCUUUAGCAAAAGAACCAGAGAAAGCAACAGUGCCUACUGUGGAGAUAGCAGAGAGCAUGGAUGACAAGAAAUUUCCAUACAUGAGCAGUGAAUAUGGCAGCAUUUCAGAGUUUAGGAACCAACAAGCACAAAACUACGUUGGUGAAUGGUUGACUAAGAGGAUCAGACCACCUGUACACAGCUCUGGAAUUGGCAGCACUUGUGCUUCAUCUAACUAUGGGGAAAACCUUGAACGUGAUGAAGUUGAACUAAAUUUAACAAUGAAUACAAAAUUUACUGUAAUGAAAAAAGUUGAUCCUCUCAGAAUGACCUUGAACAAUUCAAAUAUUCCACGCAGGUACUCCUUCUAGUGACUGAAGCCUUACGAAAAAAGAAGCAAUUGAAAGAACCCAAUAUAAAAAUAAAGUAGUAUGUCAUUAGUAUUACUCUUUUAGUAUAUUUCACUUAAAUAUUACUUCCAAUUAUUUACUUAUCACAAUAGCUCCUGGCUUUAUAAUAUACUGUAACUGCUACAUAAGUUAUAUUGCAACCGAAUAUGAUAUCUGGAUUAGAUUCUCUUCCUAAAUCUUUACUAUAAUUUCUGUCCCAAAAGCUUUGGGCAGGAAAUACUGAAACCAUGCUGAAUAACUUACUGUCACCAUAACAUUUGAUGGUUCUUUAUGCAUUUGAUAGAAUACCUAUUCUUCUUUUUAGUGAUAAAAAACAUUCCAGAAAUUGAAGUAACAAUUGUUUUGAAAAGCAUCCAAAACUUUUCAGCAUUAGGUUAUGCAUGGCACAGUGAAACUUGACAUUUCACAUAUUUUCUGCUUGUAAUAGUCUCUUCCCAAUCUUGUUUUGUUUUUUUGUUGAAUUGAUCAAAAAUGCUCACCAGUAAUCUCUUGGUGACUUUGCUUUUAAAUCACUGCACAUUAAUACUAUAUAGUAUAUAAUAUACUGCUCAAAAAAAUAAAGGGAACACUCAGACAACACAAUAUAAGUCCACAAGUAAAUCAAACUUCUGUGAAAUCAAACUGUCCACUUAGAAAGCAACACUGAUUGACAAUCAAUAUCACCUGCUGUUGUGCAAAUGGAAUCGACAACAGGUGGAAAUUAUUUUCAUAUUUAGUUCAUUCAUUCAGAUCUAGGAUGUGUUAUUUGAGUGUUCCCUUUAUUUUUUGAGCAUUGUAUAUGGCAAUGUACACUAUAUUGCCAAAAGUAUUUGCUCACCCAGUUGCUCCUACGUGAUGCACAUUGGAGAAAUGGUUGUGCUCUUAUGGGUCAUGUGAAGUGAUAGUUUUGUGCAUACCCUCCGAUAAUGUGCUGCAGGAUUUUGAUCCAAAUGAUCAGAAUCAGGUGUUCCAAUCACGUCUCUGGCCACAGGUGUGUAAAAUGAAGCAUCUAGGCAUGAUGACUGGUUUUACAAACAUUUGUGUAAGAGUGGAUUGCUCUCAGGAGCCCAGUGAAUUCCAGCGUGGAACCGUGAUAGGAUGCCACCUGUGCAACAAAUUCAGUCAUGAAAUUUCCUCGCUCCUAAAUAUUCCAUAGACUACUAUCAGCUCUAUUCUAAAAAAAAUGGAAGUUUUUGGGACCGAAAGCAACUCAGCCAUGAAGUAGUAGGCCACAUAACCUGAUGGAGCAGGGUCAACAGAUGCUGUAGUGCAUAGUGCGAAGAGGUUGGCAACUUUCUACAGACUUCCAAACUUCAUGUGGCCUUCCUAUUAGCUCAAAAACAGUUACUCAAACAGCUUCAUUUCCAUGGUUGAGCAGCUGCAUCCAACCCAUACAUCACCAAGUGCAAUACGAAGCGUUGGAUGCGCUUGACUCUAGAGCAGUGGAGGUGCAAAUUGUCACUCCAGAGAAUGCGCCUUCAUCUAGAAAUCGGAUGGACGGAGUCUGGAUCUGUUCUACUUUUCAGACAAGAGAACAGUACUUGUCUGACUGCAUUGGGCCAAAUGUAAAGUUUGGUGGAGGGGAGAUUAUAGUGUGGGGCUGUUUUUCAUGAGCUGGACUUGGCCCUUUAGUUCCAGUGAAAGGAACUCUGAAUGCUUCAGCAUACCUAGACAUUUUGGACAAUUCCAUGCUCCCAACUUUGUGGGAACAGUUCGGAGGUGGCCCCUUCCGCUGCUAACAUGACUGUGUACCAUUGCACAAAGCAAGGUCCACAAAGAUAAAACUUGACUGACUUGCACAGAAUCCAGACCUUAAGCCAACAGGACACCUUUGGGAUGAAUUAGAGCACAGACUGAAAGCCAGGCCUUCUUGUUCCAGCAUCAGUAUUUGUCCUCAUAAAUGCUCUUCUGGAAGAAUGGUCAAAAAUCUCCAUAAAUACACUCCUAAAUCUGGUGGACAGCAUUCGCAGAAUAAGUGAAGCUCCUCUAGCCGUAAGGGGUGGACCAACGUCAAAAUGAAACCUGGACUGGCUCAUAUGUUUGUCAAGGCAGGAACAAGUUGAGUGAGAACAACAAGCAAAAACAUCAGCUGUAUUUCACUGUAAAGAAAUGUCUGCUUCAGGAAUUAUUUCCAACCCAGUACAAAGUCAACCUGCGACAGAGUUGAGGAUUGUGUUGAUAGGAGGAAGGAGAUCAGACGAAAGUCCCAGUGGUGAAAGUUCAGUAGGAAAUAUCAUUCUGGAUCAAAAUGUUUUUGACACCAACGGAAGAACAGCUCAGAGUGAAGCAAGACAGCAGGAAGUGUUUGGUAAACGAGUCACAGUGGUUGAUACUCCAGGAUGGUGCUGGAGUUAUCCACUAGAAGAGACCCCAAAACUGGAUCAGAUGGAAAUCCAGAACACUGUCCAUCUGUGUCCCCCAGGACCUCAUGUCUUUCUUCUGGUCAUUCCUAUCAGCUUACAAUUAUCUCAACGUGUCAAAGCCUCACUUAAGCAACACUUGGAGAUUUUAAAUACAGAUGUUUUCAGUCACACCAUCAUUCUGUUCACUGCAGUUGAUCCAUGUAGUGAUGAAGAGAUAGACUCUAAAAUCAGUAGUAAUCCAGUACUGCAGUGGAUUCUUUAACAAUGUGGAAACAGAAAACAUUUUCUCAACAUCAGUAACAGAGAAGAUAGAGAUCAAGUCAAGAAGCUUUUAGAGAAAAUUGAGACCCUGAUUACAAACAAUGGAUUCAGACACUGUUCUGCUGACAGAAGACAAGGAGAAACUCUGAGAAAAGAAAUGAGAGAUUUGACUGAAAGAGCCUCAAAAAGGUUUGAUCAAGUCCAGAAGCAAAGAAAGAAACUCAAUGAACUGAUUUCAGGUGGAAAAGUCCCUCCAAACCAUUUGAGAAUAUUGAUGAUUGGAGCAUCAUGUGCUGGUAAAAGCUCAACAGGAAACACCAUCCUGAGAAAAAAUGACUUUGCUGUUACUAAAAGUAAUAGGACUACAACUUAUUGUGAACUCAGCCACGGUGUGGUUGAAGGAAGGCGGCUCACAGUGGUUGAUUCUCCUGGAUGGUUCCACAUCAACACUCUUCAGGAAACCAGUGAGAUGGAUAAACUGGAAAUAGAGAACAGUGUGAAUCUGUGUCCUCCAGGACCACAUGCUGUGCUGCUGGUUAUUGAUCUGAUAACUGUCAUGAAUUCAUUAUAUCUGAGAUCAGUUCAAUAACACAUGAGUCUGUUUAGAGAAGAAAUCUGGAAACACACACUUGUUGUGUUUACCUAUGGAGACUGGUUAGGAGUGAAGACUGUAGAGGAGAGAAUAGAGAGUGAUGAAGGUCUGCAGUGGAUAGUGAACAAGUGUGAGAACAGAUAUCAUGUCCUGAACAACAAGAACCACAGUGAUAAAACUCAGGUAAAUGAACUACUGGAAAAGAUUGAAGAGAUGUGGGCAGGAAAUGAAGAUCCUUACUAUGAAGUGGAUCUGGACCGAGCAGCACAGCUAGAAACCAAGAGAGAGACUGAAGACAAGAUGGUCAAAAGGUUGAAGACGAUCAAUGAUAGAAAGAUGAGAGUAAUGAAAGAACUGUUUGAAGAUGAAAGACAGCAAGUCACUGAAAUCAACAUUGUUCUUAUUGGACAGAAAUGCUCAGGAAAAAGUAGAGCUGGAAAUCUGGUUCUUUUCAACAAGAGCUUCAAUAUAAACUUUGAGAGAGCUUGGUUGAAAAAGAACCAACAAGAUCAGAGAGAAACUUCAACAUCUGUGAAGCAUGAAGGAAACUCUGAUGGAGUAAAAGUCUCAGUUGUUGAAACACCAGGCUGGUUCUCAGACCCAACACCACCUGACUGGAUCAAAGAUGAAGUUCUCCACAGUGUCUCCAUGUUUUCUCCUGGACCUCAUGUUUUUCUCCUGCUUGUUCCCAUCUGCAGAUCUUUCACAGAGAAAGAUCUCAAAGCUCUGGAGGAGAUCUUGAAGCCAUUAACAGAGAGAGUGUGGAGACACUGCAUGGUGCUGUUUACCUGGGGACACUGGAUCAAUGAUCUCCCUGUAGAGAAUUACAUUGUUAGAGAGGGAAAGGAGCUUCAGGAGCUUCUGGAGAAAUGUGGGAACAUAUACCAUGUUCUAAGUCCCAAACAUUCUGAUGAUCCGGUCCAGUUGAAAGAGCUGUUUCAAAAAAUGUUUGUCAUGGUGACACAAAACAAGGAUUGGUUCACAACAAAACAUCAGAAAAGAAAAUGUUCGGAUUCUGAAUCUACCUCGGCAAAAACAAAACGCUUGCUGACAGAAGACGAGUGGAACAAACGGGAACAGAACCUGAUAGAGAAAAUGUUGAAGGCUUUGUCAAAUGAACCAGAGGAACCAACGGUACCUGUCACAAAAACGUCGAGUAGCAUGGACGAGGACUUAAUUCCCGACAUGAGUGAAGAUUGUUGGAGAAUUGUACAGUUUGGGAAUCUCCGAUUAUAUCACCUGGUUGCUGAAUGGCUGCGGCACAAUGCAAGACCAGCUGGGAUCAGCUCUGGGAAAAAGGUUCUGGUCUGCUCUGGUGAUGCAGAGUAAAACUCUUCUCUAAUGGAAAGAGUUUACUUUUAAAAUGAUUCUGGAAAGUAUUUUUUAUGUCAAUUAAUAUUUUUAUAGUUCUUUUCAGCUCUCAAAUGUUGACAAUAAAUCAAAUCACUAUCGCAUCCUCUUAUUUUUAUUAUUGUAUUGAAUUUUACUUGUGUCAUUUGAAUGAGCCUUGUAAAUAUUUAAAACUUAAGACACUUAGUUUUUUUUUCUGAUAAAAGCACUAUGGAAAAAUGAAACAAAAGCAUAGUUAGAUUUCCCUUUUAGGAAAUCUGCUUCAAAUCAUUUGAUUGAGAAAAUAUAUAAAAUUUUUAGAUUUAUUCUUUGUUCACUCUUUAAGAUUACUAACAAACAUGUCAAAUGUUUUUUGUGUGUUCUGUAGAGCAACCUCCAUUCUGCUCUUUAAAAAUAAUCUAUCUACAGAAGCACUAUUUUCUACUGUUUUAAAUAUAAAACAUGAAUAAAAACAUCUUAAUAUUCAAUGUAUGCAGUAUGUAAAAUGUAUGUAAAAUCAUAAUGACAAUAAAAAAUU